GCCCCACACAGUAGGCAAGAGGGAUUGUUAGCUGAUUCUCCAAAAUGUCAGGUAUGGCACCAUGGUCUUCCCGCUCUCCUAACCCUCACACCACUGGAGAAAGACCUAACAUUUCAUCCUGGUCAGGAAAAGAAAAAAAAAGAGCAAGUGUCACUCAUGGAAAUGCAAUAGAAGGUUCAAAGAAGGUGUUACACUGGGAGCCUACAAUAGAGAAGACAGGAUGGAGGGCAUCCAAGGAAAGGAAACAAUCAGAUUCAACAAACUUCGUGGAGAGGUUAGAAGGGAAGCAUGGGAAGUCCGUGGCUGUCGCUCACAAGAAAGAGAACCACCAACUCACUAAAACCAAACAGUCACUGGAAAAUCUGAAACACCUUCAAGACCACAAGAUAGAUCAAGAAGAAAAAAAGCUCAGAAAAUUAUUACUGAAGCCCUCAGCAGAUGACGAAGUGGAAAAUUUGACCUUUGUCCCGAUCCUCCCAUCCUCUCCCCCAAGACGACCAUCAGCAGGUAGAAUUUCAUUCCUGAUACCAUCUCACACAAGUAUGCCACAGCUCAUUUCUCAAAGCACUUCGACACUUUAUUUCCCAGCAUCCCUUAUAAGGUAUCCUGUUAUAAACCCCAUUUGGCAGUCCUUCCUAAAGAAUGCCCUGAGACAAAUCAAAAGAUCCUCAGAUGAUUUUUCAACAUAUAGAGAUCCUGAUCUUCCAAGGACCUACAGCAACUACCUCAACACUUUGAAGGAGGCAAACAGAAGGUUAAUGUCUGACUCAGACGGGCCAGAUAAUAUGGCGUCAACAAUCCCACGGCUGAAUAUCCCACGUAGAAGCAGCUUAGACCCAACCAACCAGUUUUUGCAGGAUUCCUUCUCUUCCCGUAAAGGACUGAAUUCAAAAGUGAUAGACCCAUCAUCUGGUUUCCAGACGUAUGAUCGAAAGAUGAAGAAUUUAGUUGAUAGGAGUCCAAUUGCUGUUGCCCCGCUGUUGAAGCCCCAUGAAGUCCUGAGCUGUAGGUACCUGCGGCUUUCCAAGAACAACAUUCAGACCUUGCUCAAGCUGUGUAAGGAAGCAGGAAUGGAAGUAGACAUUCAUCCUCACAUGAAUGAAUCAGAAAUGAAUGCCAACAAGAUAUUCACCCAAAAACACAGCGUUGCCCUCUGAGUCACCCCUUCUCUUUUAGUAAUUCAGAUCUACUUGGGAGGUGACACUGAUCAUCAGGUGGCCACAAGCACAGCCCCUAAUUUGGGGACAGGCCUGGCAUCCUAAUUUAACAACAACAGCAACAAUCAACAAACCAAUAGUAGGUUAUGGUAUUUUUAUAUUAUAAUGCUUUCAAUGAUGGAAGCUCUGUACACAUCUGGA